GCAAAAGGAAAAGAAAGAGGAAGAAAUGGAGGAAAUGAGAGUGAGGGUGAUAAUGGUAAUAGUGGCAAUGGCUUGGGCAACACUUGCAAUGGGAGAGAAGCUUCAUAAGGUGGGCAAUUCUAAAGGAUGGAACCCUAAUCUCAAUUAUACCCUUUGGUCCUCCUCUCACCGUUUCUAUCUCGGUGAUUGGCUUUAUUUCGUGUUCGACAAGCGAUACUACAACGUGUUGGAAGUGAACAAAACGAGCUACGAGAGUUGCAACGAGAAGGAGUUCAUAAAGAACAUUACAAGAGGUGGACGAGACGUGUUUCAGCUGACGGAGCUGCGGCCCUAUUUCUUCAUUGCCGGCGGCGGCUACUGCUUUCAAGGAAUGAAACUUGCUGUCUUAGUGUGCCCGACGGCCGUAGCCCCGGCUGCUCCGCCGUCUGCCACUCCCAUAAGUGGCGCGUCUUUGUCAAACCCCACCUGUUGGAUUAUGAAUGCCCUUAUGCUUUUUGUUGCUCUUUUCUUAGUGAUUAAGAUUGAGUGAAUGAAGGAAGAGAGAUUUAUUUCGGUGUGUUUGAGAUAUUCUCGAAGUAGUUCGGGAUGUAAUUUGAUCUACUUUGAUGGUCAUAUCAAAUUACUCGAGUGGAACUUGUAAUAGAAAUUAUGCGACAUAUACUCUUGUUCUUGAGUAAGUCGACUAGC